AUGGAAGAGCAGAACCUCACCGCCCCAGUGACAGAAUUUGUCCUCUUGGGCCUCACCCAGAAUCCUGGGUUGCAGCGCUUCCUCUUUGUGGUUUUCCUCAUAGUUUAUGUGAACACCUGGCUGGGAAACUUCAUCAUCAUCACCACCGUGAUCACCAACCACAGGCUCCAUACCCCCAUGUACAAUCUGAACUUGACUUUCCUGGAUGUCAGUGAAUCAUCAGGAAAUGCUCCAAAUAUGCAGUUACAGUUCUGUGGUCCAAAUGUCCUGGACAAUUUCUACUGUGAUGUCUCACAGGUCAUCAAACUGGCCUGCGUUGACACCCACAUGGCAAAACUGCAGAUGGUCUUCAAUGGUGGAGUGCUGCUCAUAAUAGUAUUAAUUGUUCUGCUUAUUUCCUACACCAUCAUCUUAGUGAAGAUCAGGACACACAUCACAAGAGGGAAAUGCAAGGCUCUGUCCAAAUGA